GUAUCCAAGCGUGAGUCAUUCGGCAAACCAUAUAACGACGCCGUGUUCGGGACACGGCUCUGUAAAUUCUGAGAGAGAGAGAGAGAGAGAGAGAAUGGGGAGCAAAGAAGUGGAGGAAGAAGACGACGAGGGGCCACCGCCAGGUUGGCAAUCCAUCCCUCCCCCUUCUUCACAACCACCACCAGCCCCACCUUCCGAAAUGGCUCAAAUGGUUUGCGGUUCUUGCCGUCGCCUGCUGAAGUAUCCUCGUGGAGCCAGACAUAUUGAAUGCUCAUGCUGUCACACAGUCAACUUUGUAUUAGAAGCUCAGGAGGUAGGGCAAGUUAAGUGUGGCAGCUGUGAAAUGUUGCUGAUCUACCCAUACGGACCAUCAUCAGUCAAGUGUUCCUCUUGCCAUUUUGUGACAGAAAUUGGGGAGCACAAUAGGCGACCUCCAUGGUCUGUGCAACAAGCCAGGGCCGGCUUGAUAAAUUUUGAGGCUUAAGACGACAAGUUUAAGUAAUGUCAUUUUCUUAUAUUUAAUUUAAAUAUUAGUUAAAUUAAAUUUUAAUAUUGAUAUUAUGUUUUUUUUAUUAUUAUUUAAUAUGUCAAUUAAAGCACUUUCUUCUAUUUGUAAAAUGUAUUCUAAAACUUUUUUUUAUAUAUGUAACUUAUUAGAUAUAGUAUGACUUAUCA